AUGAAGUUCGACAUUUCCUCCAUUUUACUAGGAGUUACCCUCCUAUCUACCACGAGCCUCUGCACACCUCUCACAAGCCUACGACAAGCCCGCCAUGAAGCCCGCCUAUCUCGCUCUCUUGGACACUACAGCAAUCCACCCUUACACCCAGAAACACAAGAAAUCAUUCACCUGAACUCAACUCCCCAUGUCCAGUACAGUCAAAACUGGGCUGGCGCUGUACUCAUAGGCACAGGCUACGAAUCCGUAACCGGAGUAUUCACUGUUCCAACACCACAAGCACCCAAUGGAAGCAGUGGUACAGGAAACUACGCCGCAAGUGCCUGGGUUGGUAUCGACGGGGAUACAUGGAACAAAGCCAUUCUCCAAACCGGUAUCGAUUUCACCGUGAGAGGAGGAAACGCUAGUUUCUCAGCAUGGUAUGAAUGGUAUCCCGAGUACGCAUACGAUUUCACGAACAUCUCAAUCUCUGCAGGAGACGAGAUCAAGGUGAGCGUGCAAGCAACAUCGACAUCUACCGGGUGUGCGAUUGUGGAGAAUCUCAGUACGGGAGUGAAAGUGAGUCAUGAGUUCUUUGGUGGAGAGGGAAAUGAGUUGGGGGAGUUGAAUGCGGAAUGGAUAGUUGAAGACUUUCAGCAGGGUCUUACACUGGUGGAUUUUGCGGAUUUUGGAACGGUUAGUUUUCGCAAUGCUUGUGCUAUUGAUAAUGGGGUUGUUGUUGGACCUUCGGCGGCUAGUCUUGUCGAUAUUAAGCAAAAGGGGAAUGUGCUUACUUCUUCGUCUGUUACGGAUAAUACGGUUGUUGUUUCUUAUCAAUGA